UUCUCUAUGCCGACCCCAGCACUAGAUGGCUCCAGCGACGCACAUCAUUUAUUUCUGCCCUUGGUCCUAGUAAUGCAUAUUUUCACGAUGACGACUACAUAUAUUGACCAGGCACGACGAUAUGUCACGGUUUGUGUGUUGAUAUCUUUUCUAGACUGAACAUCGAGAAGAGAUGGAGGGAACAAGCUACGUGGAGCUCUGAAUUGAGGAAAAACUUUUAUGCUGCAGUUCAUUAUAUGGGCGUGAGCAACGGGUGUUUGCGGCUGAUAAUGCUUCCACCGUGACCAACAGCAGUCUUACCUCUCCAUUUUUCUCCUGCAUUUACCUCUCGUUCUAUUGUGGAAAGAUGAUGACCCCGAUGCGUUACAUCUUGCUUGUCUUGGGCGUUAUUAUUUCAAUUCACUACAUCAUGAGCUUUACGUAUGAGGAAUACGGAAAGGCGACAUCCAUCUCAAAUUUCGCAGAACAAUGGACUGCUCCGAAGUCAAACCCUCUCUACAAAACACCCGUGCCCGACGAGUACUGCAAGCCAGAUUCGCCCAUGCACUUACAAGAUCGCAAAGCGAAUGCCUCAAUCGUCGUACUUGUACGGAACUCUGAGCUUUGGGGAAUCAUGAGCAGUAUGAAGCAACUCGAGGAUAGGUUCAACAGGAAGUUCCAGUAUCCUUAUGUCUUCCUCAACGACGAGCCCUUUACGCAGAGCUUCCAAGACCACAUACGGGCCUUGACCAAUGCCACGGUCGAAUUCGGUCUCAUCCCACCCCACCAUUGGCAUCAACCAUCGUGGAUUGAUGAAGAACGAGCAAGCAAGUCUCGCGAUGACAUGAUUAAGAACGACGUGAUUUACGGAGGUAGAUACCGGAAUAUGUGUCGCUUCAAUUCUGGCUUCUUCUAUCGACAUGAGCUCUUGCAGAAGUACCGGUACUAUUGGAGAGUCGAGCCAGACAUCCAGCUUUUCUGCGACGUGGACUAUGAUCCUUUUCUUAUGAUGCAAGACCAAAACAAGGUGUAUGGCUUUACCAUAGCAAUAUCCGAAAUCCCAGCUACCAUCCCAACGCUAUGGGACGUUGUAAAGUCUUUCAUUGAUGCUAAUCCUGACACCGUGGUUCCUGGCAACGCGAUGGAAUUUCUCUCUGAUGAUGAUGGAAAGUCCUACAGCCUAUGUCACUUCUGGAGCAACUUUGAAAUCGCAGAUCUUGACUUCUGGCGAGGCGAGGCAUACUCGAAAUUCUUCGAAUAUCUUGAUGAGCAGGGUGGAUUCUAUUAUGAACGUUGGGGAGAUGCACCAGUUCAUAGCAUCGGAGCUGCACUGUUCGCGAAGAAGGAACAAAUUCACUUCUUCAAUGACAUCGGGUAUCAACAUGAGCCCUUCGAGCACUGUCCACAGGGUGAUGUGCACACGAAAGGAAAAUGCUGGUGCAACCCUGAUGAGAGUGUCGACUAUCAGAUAUAUUCAUGCCUUAACCGAUAUGAUAAGUUAUUCUCGUAGACCGAAACAUCAGUGCUAUCACAGCGCAUGUUCUUAGCAGUGAGCGAUGUGUCCCUAUACGACACUAUAGAUGCCACACUCCACGAUCUGCAGUGUCUACCUCUGAAAGGCGUAUUCACGAUGAACUUUACUACACGAUAUGGUUUUGACUUACAGAAUUGAUUGCAAAUAUAUUGGUAUUG